UUAAACAUCGCGACAUCGGUUCUCGUGUUCGCCUCCAGGAGCACGAGGCGUCUAUCGUCCGUGUUCGAGUGUCGAUAAACGACUAAAUCCAAGAAAAACUUCGAUCAAACUCGCGCCGUUUCGUUCGCGUAGAAGCUAAAACAGGAACUCGUGACGUAAAGCCAUCCACGAUAACGGUGCCGAUGAAGAAUCAAGAAAAUCUCUAGCGUAUUAGAAUCAGACUCUGUUUUAUUUACGGUGUUAAAGACACUGAUUUUCCUCGAGAUUUCGUGACUUCAUUUCGAUAAAAAUGAUCAACGAUAAAAGGGGUGAUAAAUAAUCCGAAGUAACAAAGAUCUUCGAUCCUGAACAACACUGGACUUGUUGUCUCGUUUAGGCACGUAUGUAAUCUCGUAAGUUACCGAUGAAAAGACUUGAACACACAAGACGUUAACACCUACAUAACCCGAUACUGUUUAAUCGAUAGAAACGUAAAGACUUGGGAGAGAAGAUAAAAGAGAAAGUAUCGAUAUAAACUUUUAUGUUUGAAUACCGAAAGAAGAACUAUAAAUCCCGAAAGUAUCGAGAAAAACAGAGAAACGGAAAAAAGGAGAUAUCGUGAAAAAUCGAAAAGCUCCAAAUAGCUAUCGAUCGACAGCAACUCGACGAUUUGUGAAAAAAAGAUAUCGAUACGUAGCCGAAGUUUCGCCUAGUCGAAGGAGAAGAAAUAUCGACAGAAAUCCAAUACGCUCAAGUACCGGGAUAAUCUUGCUCAAGUUACUUACCUUUUUCUAACCUGUUCCUUUCUGUCGACGGAAUUAAAGCGAUGUUUGAAAUAAACAUGACAAGCAGCGAAACUCGGAAGCUAGCAGCGGAGCGUGUUCCUAGCUUGUAAGCGAGACUCGAGGGUGUUUGCGGAAGAAAAGGCAGGGGAUAAGGAAGGAAACAGAGGGCACGAUUAAUCGUUCUCGAAUAGGAGGACAGGAGCUGGUGGUAUUUCGAAGAGAAGCGAACGAAGACGUGACUAGACUAGAAGAGGCAAGAUCAACGAACUGCAUCCAGAACCAUGCGGGUGUCGUGUGCCGUGUUCCUCGCACCGACAAAUCAAUGCCGUCUUUUCAUCUGUUCAUCAAGACGAAUCGAUGCAUAUCACCGUGAAAUCUCGAGCUUCGCCGAGUGAUUCAUUCAGACGUUUUCACCGUUAACGCGAUAGAGAUUCGAUCGAAGAAACCUCGAGCACCAUCUGUUUAUCGACACUCUAAUAGAUAUCGAGAAUCCCCGAGUACGCCUGCAAUCUUCUAUCGCGGAUCUUGCAGAUUUUUAAGUUAUUCGAUCGUUUGGUUAACAUCUUCACGAGUGUCGACAGCGAGUGAUUUUGCUGAUAGGACUUUUUCAAAAGCGAAUAAACGAAUAUUUAAAUCGUAAAAGGGGGAACGAUCGAAUUCGAAGAGACAACAAUCAGUGAAUUCGACUCCGAAAUUACGUACGCGAUGCACGAAACUCGACAAGUUGACGACGUGUAAAGCUAUUCCUCAGAUCAAAAGCAAAAUGUCGGUCGAGGUGAGAGCGGGUCGGCCAACAAUGCCUACGAUUCCGCAAUCCAAGAGACCAACGAUUCUAGUUUAUCCUACAGUAACUCCAGAGAGUAUCAUCAUCCCAAUAGUAUCGUGUAUUCUCGGAUUCCCAUUGCUGGCACUGAUGGUUAUCUGUUGCUUAAGAAGAAGAGCGAAACUCGCGAGGGAACGAGCCAGAAGAAGAAAUUGUGAUUUGGAUCACGGCGCUUUGAGCUUGGUCCGUUUUAGUCCUGUUCACCGCUUAGCUGGAAUUGACCGACCAGCGAGAACAGUGUCGUUACGAAGCGACAGAGGAUCCAAAGCUUUCCCAUCGUUAGAACUAGACACCGUGGUCGAAGAACGUUCGGAUCCUGAACAGAGCACCGCACUGGAGCUCAGUAGUCCAGAUUAGCAUCCAGCUUUGGUGCCGCCAAGGUCUCCUCGGCCAUCAAAAACGGCGGUACCAUUACCUGAAGAUCACAGCCCUUUGUGGACAGCGUUGACACACGCCAAUACCGUAUCAUCUGCCCUUGGAGAUACCUAGCAGGAGGUGGAAGAGGGCGAUUACAUCGAAGCUCUCGUCCUCAAUUUACCGAUCAUUUAUUAAGUGAUUAAAAACAUUUAAAAAUUUACGAUAAAUCCUCGAUACUCGAGGUUUAUCACGUUCAAUUUGAAGAUCGUGUAGAAUCACGAACUUCCAUCGCAAGUGCCGUAAAAAAAGAAUUACCAUAAAAUAUAUCGACAUUGUACGAAUAAAUCAAAAUUUGCAAACUAGCAUUUAACAGAAGUGUAUGUAACAGAAAUUGAUGUGGGUUAAACGUUACUCCGAACUGUGCGGUACCGUAUUUGGUAGACAUCCCGGCUUUUUACAAUGAAAGACACCUAGUUAAGUAAAAAAUGAUACAGAUAUACAAGUGUAAAUAAAGUUUAGUCAAGAUAAUGUACAAAUAACAGUCAGUCUGUAAAUAAAUCAUUGUAAGCACUAGGAAAUUCACAUUUUUAUAUAUUAUGAAAUUGAUAUGCAUAUUUUCAAUGUUGAAAAUUGUCGAUAAAUAUAUGCCAGAUGUAAAUAAUAUCAUUAUUAAUAUUAUGAAAUGAAAUAUUUAUAUAACAGCAAUUAGACUGUAUCCAGAUAUAUCAAAUAUAAAUUUCUUCAAAACAUAUUUAUUGUACAUUGCAUUACCUGCAAUUUUAUCCCUUUUUUACUGUUCUAAAAAUCCCAAUGACUAUGUUGAAGCUUCUUCUGAUUUCUUCAGUGUAUGAUAACAUGAACAUGAUGGAUACAAAAGUGAUAAUUAAAAAAUU